UUCUUCUAUACAUCCCCUUUUUGAAGGGAUAUGUACAGCUUUUACUUACCUAAGCAAAACUCCAGAUGUGAUAGGCAUUCUAGAUCUAUGCCUCUUUGCCAAAUAUAGAGAUUUUGGGCUUCUAGUUCUAUCUUCUCUCCUCUGCACGUGGCUAAUCUUCUCCUGGUUGCUACCUAACUGCAGGUUGCACAAUGCCCUCCUCUUCCUUUCAAAAUAUCCAAGCUCCUCUGGCCACCGAAUCCUUCCUGAGGGCUUCCCAUUUCAAGCUGGGCUUUGACCAGAGGCCUGAGGGUAGCACAGUAGUCUCCCCUUAUCGUAUAGAGUAUCCUCCUAGGUGGGGCUCCUACCAGCGACAACCCAUUCUGCCUCCAAAAUGCGCUGAUGUCCUGAACCAAGAAAUGGGCGAUUGCUGGGACACUCGCUCAGAAUCAUACCUGUCAUAUCCAACCUGGCCUUUGGAGCCAAAACCUGCUAUCAAUCCACCUACAUCCAACUUCCAAAUGCAUGCAGAUCCCCGCCACAGCAUCCUCACUUCUAUCACCCGAGAAAGCUAUUCUUAUCCUCCUAGCCUCCCGCACAUGACUCCCAACCGUGUAGACAAGUGGGAUGACAGUUUUCCCAGUGGGGACAAAGAAAAGGAACCUCUGCCGGAGUCCCUCUACCAGCAGUCCUACCCACCCUACAAAGGGGUGUUACCUGCAGUCAAGGCUCCAAGCCAACACCUGGGAGGUGAUUUUGCCCUGAGAGGUGAUGGCCAUAACUAUUUCAACACUUCUUACCAAUCACAGUUCACAGGUGAAUGGGCACCUCCAGUCAAGAGCUGCAAUGAAAAUAUGGUAUCAAUAGUCUUUGGUGACCCUCGGUACCGCCAGGCAGUGAGUGAGCAGAAGCGUGCAUACACGGUCCAGGAACCCGAAGGCCAACGCUAUGACCCACAUAUUGCCUCAGCGAUGGUGCACCAUUCAAACAUUCAGCCUGGAGAUGGGCAGCACAGGUUUUCUACUAUCAUGUCUGAAUCAUACUUAUGGAAGCAACCUGACCCUCCAUCCUAUUCAGACUACAAAAAAAACGAAUCGUCUGUUCUCCUAGGGGAUCACAAUGAGAGGAGAAAAUGCACCGGUAUGACCAACAACCAAUUUUACUACAAAGAGCGAAACGCUAAGGACUUUGUGACCCAGCCACUGAUUCCGCCACUAACAAAGCUAUGCUUGGGCGAUAAACAGUUGUUGCCAUUGUUUCAAACUACUCAUCAUUCUGACUAUCAGCCACCUCCUGAAACACACAAAUUGGGUUCCAAAAACAAGACUUCAACUGAUAGCUACAUUUUCUUCAACUAUGAAGGGCCUGGAGUGCCCAUCUUCAGGACCACUACAACUCAGGAUAUGCUUGUUCCUCACCAAGGGAAGAAGUACCAGCUGACAGAGGAAGAACUGCAAAAGAUUAAAUAUUCCCAUUGGGUCCAGCCAUGGAAGGGUAAACGUUGGUUCAGCACCGAACACAAAGAUGCCUACACAGACAAGUAUAGUGGACCAAUCUCAUUCGCGAUGACAGACUUCCAAGGCAGCAGUGUUCCCCUUGGCACAAUGGUUAAGUAUCAACCCAGGAAGAAGUUUGGUUCUUGAAAAAUGCAUUUUUAAUUGAGAUGUUUGAAUGAAUAAAUCAAAUGCCUUUUGGCUGGCUGCUGAAAAAUAUCCAUGUGGUGUUGUGGAGGCCUUCAAGGUCUUCCCUUUUUCAGUCCCAUCAAUCCUCACAAUCUUGGCUUCAUGGCAGAAUUAGUUUCACAGACUGGAGAUGUCCUAAUGUAUGUGAUCCUCACCCAACUUUAGGUCAUUUCUAGCUCCCUCCUUUCUGACAAUGAUCUAAUCUAGUACAGGGUUUCUCAACCUCACUUUAAGAUCGGUGGACUUCAACUCCCACUCUGGCUAGGGAAUUCUGGGAGUUGAAGUCCACCCCUCUUAAAGUGGCCAACUUGAGAAACAGUGGUUAGACCACAGCAGAAACUUCUGUGAUCUGAAGAAAACAUUGUAGGCAUACUUACUCAUGAGGACUUUUAUUUAAAAAAAAGUUUUAAUCUCUUCAGAAUUUCUGAAAGUUUAUUUUAUUUUAUUAUUUUAGUUCUAAUGUGUGAUUAUAUAAUCUCCCAAUGCUUGGGGAGGAAAGCCUGAUCUUCAAAGCAUUAGAACAUAGAAUAACAUAGUUGGAAAGGAUCUUGGAGGUCUUCUUGUUUGAUCCCCUGCUCAAGCAGGAGACCCUAUACCAUUUCAGACAAAUGGCUGCCCAAUCUCUUCUUUAAAAUCUCCAGUGAUGGAACACCCACAACUUCUGAAGGCAAGCUGUUUUGCUGGUUAGUUGGAGACCAACUGCACUUCCAAGGAAAGAGUGAUCUGUAGAGCAGGGACUGCCACAGAAAAGGCCCACUUCCUAACUCCCAUCAGAUGACAAUAUUUGUAGGAAGGGACCAUGCCCAGCUUAUCUGACUUAGUAGGACAGGUAGAUGACCUUAGAAAAAGGCGGUCCCAGAGAUAGCCAGUUGGCAACUCUUCAUCAAUACCAUAGAUUUUUCCCUGAAUGUACCAAAAUUAUUUUCAAAAAGGCAACUGGGCUUUCUAGGUUUUUCUUAAAGAUGUUUUCAGUUCUCAUCCAAGAAGCCUUGUUGAACUCCUGAACUGUGAAGUGAAAUAUCUUCAAGAAAAAUCAAGAAAGUCCAGUUGUCUUUUUGAAAGCACCUUUGGGACAACCAUGACCGGGAUGACUGAGAACCUCCAUAGACAUUCUUUCCCUGGAUAUUGUGCACAUUGUCCCAACACCGUAGAAAAGGGCCAUAUGAAUAUCCCUUAGGUGCAAAAUUGGGGCCAGAGUAGCAUUUUGUCUUAUUUCAGCAAUCAGAACAAUAAUAUGAUUGUUUUUCUUGACUAUUUCCCUUAAUAUUAAUACCAUAUGAUCUGCUGAACAAGUAAGUAACAAGUAUUGUUUCAUAAUUUCUCACUUUUUUAAUUCAAUAGAAAAAUGCAAUUUCAGAGGUUGCAUGCUUUGCAUUAUUUUAUGUCAUAGUUGAGUAACUACAUUCUUUUUCUCAUAAACAAUCCCAGUAUGAUGCAUAUGUCUCAAAUUACUGGGAAUACAGAAUAACAGAAUUGGAAGGGACUUAAGAGAUUUUCUAGUCCAACAUCUGCUCAACAACCCUCUCGACUUUGCUACCAAAUGCUCCAAAUGUGAUCCAGUCCCAUUUAUCUAGCAAUCUAUUUAAUUUUGUAUUGUCUACUUGUACUGCAUAAGUUCUCCAGAAGGAUUCUGCUAGUACCUUUUCUCAGUAACAAAGUUCAUUCAGAGGUUUCAUGAGCUAUUAAAAUGAUCAAAGGCCUGGAGACUAAAACAUAUGAAGAAUGGCUGCAGGACUUGGGUUUGGCUAGUCUAAAGAAAAGAAGAAAUAGGGGAGACAUGAUAGAGAUAUUCCGGUA